AAAAAAAAAAGUUGAAAUUCUGUCAGGUUACUUCGGUUUGCAUUUGAUUUUUCAAUCGCAUUUAUUAAUUUGAGACAUAUAAGCCAAAAGGAAAUAGUAAUUGUAACAGUUACUUUCUACAGCAUAGAUUAAAGUCUGUCUGUAUAACUAUGUAAUUUAUAAUUUGAGCAGAUACAUACUAUCAUGGAUAAUUUUGGGGUCGAUGAGGCAUUAGCCUCAUUAGAGAUGUUGAUGUGUGAAUUUUUCGCACCAUCUACAAAUAAUUUUCGGAAAAGAGAGAUAGAGAGCAUGCUUGAAAAUUUUUCCAAUGGAAGGGGUUCUUGGAAACAUUGCUUGUUAUUCCUCCAGAAGUCUCAGAACCAAUAUGUGCAAAUGUUUAUUUUAACUACUUUGGAGAAUAUAAUAAACAAACUAUGGAUCAGUCUGGCGGAGAAUGAAAGAACAGAAAUAAGGUUGACACUAUGGAAUGAACUAAUGGCUAAGCAUGAAGUGAUGCUGUACUUUAUCAGGAACAAACUAGCUUCUCUGAUGAUUGCAAUUGCUCGAUAUGAUUGGCCCCAUGAGUAUCCUGACUUCUUUAGCAAUAUUGUUGAGCUGUUAAGAAGUGAUGGUCACCGUUGCCUGCUGGGUUUAAUCCUGGCGCAAACAGCGAGUGAGGAGCUAGGCGCGGCACGUGACACUGGUGUGCUGUUGCCCUCAAACCGUCGUACGCAAUUAGAGCGACUAAUGCUUAAGGGAAUGCCACAAAUGCUAUCAGCUCUUAGCGAUAUACUGGAAAAGAAUGCGCAAAAGGAAGGCCAGUCAAAUCCUCCACCAUCACCCACCAGUGGUUUUCCACAAACAUCUGCAUUGCCUGAUUUAUUGGCUAAUGCACAUGAUGUAUGUGCUUCUGACAAAGCUCUAAAUAUGGAAGUAGUUGUAAAAUGUUUGACAACAUUACAACAUUUAUUCUCGUGGCUGCCGCUAUCGUCUCACGUACCAGCUUCACUGGUUACAACAGUGUUUUAUUGGGGCAGUAUCGCAACACAGACCCAAAGUGGAGAGGCAGCGCUGGCGGGUCUAGGCGGGGUGUGUGAACUGCUGUACCGACGGUAUGCGCCGCCAUCCUCCGCGGCGACCGCGCUGCGUCUGCACCACUGCUCACUGCGGCUGCUGCGACAUCUGACGCACGCCUCCCAUCACUCACUAUACCAGGCGCAUCAUGACUAUUUAAACAAAUUAGCGGAAUUCCUGAAGCUUUUUGUCUCAUUACACUUCAAGAGGCUGGAGGCUGAGCCCGAGUUUGAUGCUAUUGAAUUUUUGUCUUACUUAUUCCAGUAUACAUUCCAGGUUCCCACUUGUACUAUUUUUGUUAACUGCUUAGAUAUAUGGAUACAAUUUAUUGACAUUUUAAAACCCGAGGACACUGCCAAAUAUUGGGAAGCUCUCCAAGCGCUUGUGAACGGCGUGCUCAACAAAAUACAAUUCCAGCACAACAAGGCUCAACUGCAACAAGGGGAGAGUGAAGCGAGCUUAGAGCGUCUAGUUGAGUGCGUACGUCUGGGCGUAGAGGCGGGUGGUGGCGGCGUGCGCGUGCGCGCUGUGCUCGAGCUGCUGCAUCACCACGUGCUGCCGCGCGCGCAGCCGCACGCGCCCGGACUCGCGCGAGCCGCCCACCGUCUGCUCGCCAGCGUACUGUUGUACCGGUGGCGCUACUUCUUCCCGCACAAGUGCGAGGAGGAGGAGGGCGCGCGGCGCACGGGCGAGCUGCGCGGUGCGCUGGCGGCGCUCGGGCGCGCGCUGCUCGCUGACGACAUCGAUCUGCUGCGCACCGCCCUCACCGCGCUAGACCUGCUCAACACCAAGUGGAAACUAUAUCAUAAGGUGAUAUUCCGGUCAGAGUUCCUGGGUGAGUUUCUUUCGGUGCUGCUGUCGGGUAUAUGCGGUGUGGGCGCGGGGUGCGGGGCGCGUGCGCUGGUGCGGGAGGAGGCGGUGUCGGCUGCGCACGCGAUGGCCUGCGUAGACUUCGCAGCAUUCCGUCACGCCUUCCUGCCCGCCUUCCUGCGCUCGCUGCCCGGACUCGCGCCACACCACGCCACUCUGCUCAACAGCUUUCCCUCAGAUACUGAUCUGCCAUCGUUCACACAGAACAUACAGCGACUGAUGAACGACGUGAACUGCUAUCAGGCCUACCAGUCGCUUGCAGAAAACAACAACAUGCUCGCCUGA